AUGUGUGGUGGCGGCAGUGCCCGCGGCUGGCGCUGUCGGCGUCUGGCGAGCAAAUGUUUCCACACCACAGCGGCUUUUCUGAAGAAAACUGGAACUGAGCACCAGUGGCUGGAGCGGCACUUGAAGGAUCCCUUUGUCAAGGCAACGAAGCGGCAGCAUUACCGUUGCCGAAGUGCCUUCAAAUUACUGGAGAUCGAUGACAAGCUUCAUAUUCUUCGUCCAGGACUUUCCGUUCUUGACUGUGGAGCGGCGCCUGGUGCUUGGAGCCAGGUUGCUGUAGAGAGGGUCAACGCUUUAGGUACCGAUCCCGCUGUCCCCACCGGCUUUGUCCUUGGCGUUGACCUCCUGCGGAUUUCUCCUCUGGAAGGAGCGAUCUUCCUGUCGGAGACUGACGUUGCAGACCCGAGCACGCUGAGGACGAUUCAGAGCCUGCUGCCUGUGGAGAAGGUGGACGUUAUCUUGAGCGACAUGGCACCUAAUGCAACGGGCAUUAAAGAACUGGAUCAUCAGAAGCUCAUCAAUCUGUGUUUAGGCCUUCUGAACCUAUCCCAAAGUAUUUUAAAACCAAAAGGAACGAUACUCUGUAAAUUCUGGGAUGGACACGAGGCCCGUCUUCUGCAAAACAGACUGAAGGAGCGGUUCCAAGACGUGAGAACUAUAAAGCCUCAGGCCAGUCGGAAGGACUCUGCUGAAUCUUAUUAUUUGGCGAGGCUGUACAAAGGGAGAUGA